AUGCCAAUAUCAGUUUAUGCGCUGUAUUGCGUCAUUUUUGUAACGCCAAUAACUAUGAAAAAUGCUAGAAGACAUUUGAUAAACCUACAUUUUUGGUGAGUUCUGAACAAAUCAACUUAUUAAAAACUCUAUUUACAUGUUUUUCAUAGGACAAUGUUUUUUGAUUUGGUGUAUAAUCUGUUAAUCAUCCCAAUGUUGUUUCUUCCUACUUCGGCUAUUGUAGUAAUGGGCUACGGUUAUAAUUUCGGAAUAGCACCCAGGUUUUGUAUGUACUUUAUUCAAGCCAUUGUUUCUGGUAAGAAUUCUUAUAUUUUUACAUCAAAAAUAUUGUUGUUACAGUAAUAACUGCUGCAAUUAUUGGGUUGUUUGAAAAUCGUUUCUCAUCGAUUACAACGAAUCAAUUCAGACUGGAAAAUAAUUAUUUUAGAACAUUUCUAUACAUUUUCAAUUACUGUGUUGCUUGUCUUACAGUCAUUCCACCUUACCUCAAAUCAAUCGAUACCAAUUCAAUCCGAUUAGAGUUUCUCCAAAUAUUCCCAUGUCCACCUGAUGUUUUUUUCACGGACCGUUUAACUGUUGUCACUGAUGAUCCAACAUAUGCCACAAUUUUUAUGUCAGUUCAAACCAUAAUUUUAGUACCGCAGUCCGUAGUUUUUACACUAUAUACAACUUAUUUAUUAUUUUUUCGACCUAAUCAAUCAGUUUCUGAAGCAACACGAAAAAUGCAAAUCAAUUUUCUAAUUGCUGUUUGUUCUCAAUGUUUCAUACCUUUGGGUUUGUUGAUGUUUCCUGUAUUUUACGUUUGGUUCUCAACAUGGACAAAUUAUUAUAACGCAGGUAAUUUUUUUUCGAAAUCACCUGUUUUAUUUUAAAAAUCAAAAUAUCAGUAUUCAAUAAUCAAAUAUCAGUAAUGGUUAGUCUUCAUGGACUUUUAUCAACGUUGUGCCUUCUACUGAUUCAUAAACCGUAUCGUCAACAUUUUCUUUCCUUAUUCAGGAGUACACUUCAAUUACGAACUCGAACAAGUAACAUGCCAACUAGAAUGUUUAGACAAAAGUUAUGAAAAAUAUUAUCAGAUUCGAAACUCGAUCUAUUGUCGGGUGUGUGAUAUGAAAAUGUACUAGCCAAAUGUCAAGCAUCAUCCCAACCCAAAAUGACGCAGUGUAGAGAAAAGCUCAACCUGCUUCUGAUAUAUGUUUUAAUGUAUUCUUGAAACAUCAGGAAUACGGUAACGCCAGAUGUCAGAAGGAGGCAGCUGGAAAAUCGAAAUAAUUUCAAGUUCAUUUCCUGUUUAUGUUGACUAGAAAUGCAAAUUGUACCGAUUCCGAGUCAUUUUUUGCUUCUUCCCAAUAUCCAAUAAUUUUUACUCAUAUUAUCACUGUAAUUUCUGUACCUGUCUCAAUUUAUGCAUUUUAUUGUGUGAUUUAUGUUACACCAAUUAGUAUGCAAAAUGCUAAAAAACAUUUAUUGAACAUUCAUUUUUGGUAAAACCUUUUCAUAUUUGAACAUCUUUCUGAAUUGGUUUCAGGACCACAUCACUUGAUAUUAUUUUUAAUGUCCUGAUAAUACCGGUGGUAUUUCUACCAGCAAUAUCCAUCUCCAGUUUGGGUUACGGUUAUGAUAUUGGAAUAUCUGCUAGAUAUCAGAUAUAUUUGAUUCAAUCAUUUGUUUGUGGUAAGAAAUCAACUGCCUGAGGUUAAGAUGAAUUUGGAUUUUAUUGUAGUAAUAUGUUCAACCAUGAUCGGAUUGUUUGAAAAUCGAUUCUCAUCUAUUUCUACAAAUCCAUUCAGAAUUCGAAAAAAAUGGAUUCGUGUUUUAUUAUAUAUUUUUGACUAUUGUGUCGCUUUUAUAACAGUAAUCCCACCAUACCUAAAAUCAAUAGAUUAUGAUUUAAUUCGACUCGAUUUUCUAGAAAAGUUUCCAUGUCCACCCAACGAAUUCUUCAGUGAUCGUUUUGGAGUUGUCAGUGACGAUGCAGCCUAUGUGACCAUUUUCAUGUCUAUUCAAUUUUGGCUUUUAGCACCACAAUUAUCAUUUUUCACACUUUACACAGUUUAUCUUCUGAUUAUUCGACCAAAUGUAUCGGUUUCAGAAUCAACAAGAAAAAUGCAGAUCACAUUUUUGAUAUCAGUUUAUUUACAGUGCAUUAUUCCAGUUACUUUUCUGGCAUAUCCAGUUUUCUAUAUUUGGUUUUCCGUAUGGACAAAAUAUUAUAGUGCAGGUAAAUCAUUAUUUGAAACAUCAUAGUCAUUUUGAAAUUCUGCUUCCGGUUUUUGAAAACAGAUGGCAAUUUUUGAAGUAGAUGUUCAAUUAAAAUCAGAAACGCAAGUUUUUUGAUGCUAAUGAUGGAAAAUCGAAUAUAAUACUUGAUAUUGCUCACUUUUUUAGCUAACAACAAUCACAUAGUUGCAAUGGUCAGCCUUCACGGAUUUCUAUCAACAUUAUGUCUUUUACUAGUUCACAAACCUUACCGCACACAUUUAAUCUCAAUAUUCAAGAUCAGAUCACACCCAACAAUUUUUGUUAGUGGAGUUAUGCCAUUCAGGUGAUUAUAUAAAUUAUAGCUAUGAAAGCUUCAAUAGUUUUGUUUCUUCUGAUUAUUUUUGAAAUAAAUGUUUUCUUUGUUAUACAUUUGUAAAUCAUUAAGAACAAGACAUUAUAAAACAAGAGAUUCUUAUAUAAAAUCACCUGUUUAUGAGCAUCAGCUUUCAAUAAUCAUCAAUCUUUAGUCACAACAAAAUUACUGUCCGUAUUUCUUAUUGUGUGAUUGUUUUAAAUCUACAAUGCAAUAUAUUUUUCUAACCUACAUAACAUCACAGAUGUUUUGAUUGUUCAGAAACCAAACUCAAACUUGACAGCUGAUUUUGAGUUGAAAUUUUCCACAAAUCAUAGUCGAAUUUAUUGAUGUUGACAAGAAAUGCAAUUUUAUGUCAUAUCUGUAUAUUCCUAGUGUUUUAUACAAACCACUCGCCCUUUUAAUGUUGUCGGUUUGUUAUAUUUGGUUUUUCGGGCACAUUAUUAUAAUGCGGGUUUUUUGGAGAAUGUGACUUCGAAAAACAAGGCUACGUAUCAAAAAUCAGCAUCUUACUUUACAUUUCCAAAUUUUUAAUAUUAAAACAAUGCAUCAUAUAACAAUCACAUAGUUGCAAUGGUCAGCCUUCACGGAUUUCUAUCAACAUAAUGCCUUUUAGAAGUUCACAAGCCAUAUCACAUUCACGCCAUCUCAAUAUUCAAAACAAGAUGACAAUCGCCCAUCAGUGGAGUUAUUCCAUCAAAAUCUCAUAAUUGAUCGUUUUCUUUUAAAUUCAAUACUUUUUGAUUUGUACUCUGUGCUUUGAUGUUUUACGUGACUAAUAGUGUUUGAAAAACAGAGAUGAAUGAUACUCUACUAAUGUGUCAAAAAGUGUGGUUUACGCUCAAAUUAGCAUAGCUAACACAAUCAGAGCAAAUUUUGAACUUGUUUUUUGCGUUAGUUCCUAGUAUCACAGCUGCAUUAUAAAGAAAAUAAACCAAUUUGCUCUUUUUUACGCUCUUCAUUAAUCUCUUGAUGUCCGAAAAUGGAAGUUGUUCCAAUAUAUCAAGAAGUUUUUUGGAUUCUCCUCAAUACCCUAUUUCUUCGAGUCAUCUCAUCACCGCGAUUUCUAUGCCUGUUUCAAUCUACGCGUUUUAUUGUAUCAUUUUUGUGACUCCAAAGAAAAUGAAAAACGUUAAAAGACAUUUGUUAAAUUUGCAUUUUUGGUGAGUAUUGAACCUAAAAUGAAAAAUUGUUUUCAAAUUUAGGACAAUGGUUUUCGAUUUGGUUUAUAAUAUGUUAAUCAUUCCGAUUCUUUUUCUUCCAACUACUGCAGUUGUUAUAAUGGGCUAUGGUUAUGAUUUUGGAAUCCCACCUAAGUUUUGUAUAUAUUUUAUACAAGCAAUAGUUUCUGUCAUUGCUGCUGCAAUUAUUGGGCUGUUUGAAAACCGUUUUUCAACAAUUACCACAAAUAAGUUUAGACUGAAGAAUAACUAUGUCAAAGCAUUUCUAUACAUUUUCAAUUACUGUGUUGCUUGUCUUACAGUCAUUCCACCUUACCUCAAAUCAAUCGAUACCAAUUCAAUUCGAUUUGAGUUUCUCCAAAUAUCCCCAUGUCCACCUCAGGAAUUUUUCACAAACCGUCUGACUGUUAUUACUGAUGAUCCAAGUUAUGUUACAAUUUUCAUGUCGAUUCAAUCAAUAAUUUUAAUACCACAAUGUGCUGUUUUCACACUAUAUACAACUUAUUUGCUAGUGUUCAAGCCUAGUCAAACAGUUUCUGAAGCAACUCGAAAAAUUCAAAUCACUUUCCUUAUUGCCGUUUAUUCCCAGUGCUUCAUACCUUUUGGUUUGCUAAUGCUUCCAGUUAUUUAUGUAUGGUUUUCUGCAUGGACAAAGUAUUAUAAUGCCGGUGAAUGUUUUUCAAUCAAAUGACUGAAAUAACAAAAAAUAAUUCAGCUUUCAACAAUCAUAUAUCAGUGAUGGUUAGUCUUCAUGGACUUUUAUCAACUUUGUGCCUUCUACUGAUUCAUAAAACAUUUCGUCAACAUUUUCUUUCCUUAUUUUGGGGUACGAAAAUAUUUCCAAUUUCUCAAUCAAGCUCAACACAACCUAGAAACUGUUAA